AUGGCAUCCGGAGCUCCAGGAGAAAAUGAAACUUCCGUGACAUUAUUUCUUAAAUAUAAAAAGGAAUUUGAAACAGUUAUCCAAGAUAUUCUGAAUAAAAGGGGUGGAGAAAAUCCUGGAAGGAAAUGUGCUCUAAUCGAGCAAGAUAAACCUAAUUUUACUACACCAUGUCAAGAGGUUGGUAGAUAUUUAAUUGAAAUAAAGGAACUUCAUAAAUCUGAUAACCUCGGUCGUUGUAAUUACUUGAAUUAUAGGAUAAAUUCAGAUGUAAAUUAUAGUAAGGAUCCCGGCUGGUUUGCGAAGUAUAAUAUUUUCUCUUCCCAAUUAGAUAAUAUAUGUGAGAAUUAUAUAAAAAAAAUUGAACCUGAUAUUUUAGACAAACUUAAAGGAUUAUACAGAUAUUAUGAGUAUUUUAAUAAAUAUGAAGGUCAAGAAAGUGAUUCUGGUGGUAGCAUUUGCAAUAAUAUUAAAAGACUUUAUAGCUUUUAUAACGAUAAUUACAAAGAAUGUCAAAAAAAAACGAAUGACCCUUUUUGUGAUGAGUUAAUCAAUUUUAAGAAUGCAUAUGAUGAUAAAAUGAAUAAAUUCACUCCAUGCGAAGGUUUACCACAAACGUUACCACCUAAAGAAGAAGUAGAUUACUUAUUUUUUCCCAUUUUAACAACAGCUAUCGUAUUACUAAUGUCUUUCACUAUAUUUUUUUUAUAUAAGUUUACUCCACUGAAAUCUUGGACAUAUAAUCGUUUACGAAAAAAAAAAAUUAUUGAACUUAACAAAUUUCAAGAAGAAUCGAGAGAAUCCUUACAAAACCUUCAUGAAGAAGUAAAUAGAAACUAUGAAGGAAGUUCUCAUAAUAUAUCCUAUCAACCUCAAGGAGAUACUUGA